AUGACAGUAUGUACACCAAUCAACGUUAAGCAUUCAGAUUUUAUGUCGGUAUUACGUAUAGAAAAACAUAAUUACAAUUUCCUGUUUCGACAGCCUGUUUUCAAUUUUGCUUUGGGUUAUGCUGAUAUAUUUUUGCAUGAAACACCUAUGAAGAAUGACAUUGGCAACAGUAAAUCAAAUUUUGAAACAUUUUUAGUAGAAAAAACAAUCGUUGAGCUUUGCGGUCAAGAUGUUUCUGAUGUCCACGAACACGAUACACGUUUAUCGUCACCAAAAGAACAAAAUCGAUCUCAACAUAUGUCUCCUGUUAGCGAGAGACUUGAUCUUGUAGAUACGCAACAGAAAGAAGUAUUGAAUACUGAAGCUUUUGGUCCACUUGAAGAAAAAAUGUCUGACAGGAAUAUUUUAUCUGCAUCUACAGUAAUCAGUAAACACGAAAAUCGUAGCUCUGAACCAGAGGAAGAUGAUGGUGAAAUUGACGAUGAUGAUGAUGAUAAGGAUGAUGAAGACGAUGAUAACGAGGAUGAUGACGAUGAUGAAAACAUGUUGUAGAACAAUUUGAACGUUAUGAACCUCAAACUGUACACGUCAACCCCCCAGAGCGUGCUCCAAAU